GGCAGCGUCGCCGGCUUCCAGUUACCAAUGGGGAUCCCAGCGGGGAAGUCGAUGUUGGUGCUUCUCAUCUCUUUGGCCUUCGCCUUGUGCUGCAUUGCUGCUUACCGCCCCAGCGAGACCCUGUGCGGUGGGGAGCUUGUUGACACGCUUCAGUUUGUCUGUUCGGACCGCGGCUUUUACUUCAGCAGGCCUUCAAGCCGUGCCAACCGUCGCAGCCGUGGCAUCGUGGAAGAGUGCUGCUUCCGCCGCUGCGACCUGAACCUCCUGGAGACAUACUGUGCCACCCCCGCCAAGUCCGAGAGGGAUGUGUCAACUCUUCAGACCAUUCUUCCGGACGACUUCCCCAGAUACCCCGUGGGCAAGUUUUUCCAAUACGACACCUGGAGAAAGUCCGCCCAACGCCUGCGCAGAGGCCUGCCUGCCCUCCUGCGUGCCCGCCGGGGUCGCAUGCUCGCCAGAGAACUCCAAGCGUUCAGAGAGGCCAACCGUCACCGUCCCCUGAUCGCCUUACCACCCAAAGAUCCCGCCCACGGGGGAGCCUCUUCGGAGAUGUCCAGCAGUCAUCAGUGA